UGAGGCUCACUUGCACGAUCUCUCAGGAGCCAGGACAGAACACCGCUAUGACUCUAGGGUCCCAAUACUGAGAGUCCUCCUCUUCCUCUUGGGUGUUGAAGGAGCUCAAGUGCUAGCAAUGGACAAGUCUGCUGAGGCUGCAAUUGUUCUUCCCUGUGCUUCAGAUUUCAAAUACGCCAUCAUUGGUACGGCCUUGGGAGUAGCCAUAUCUGCAGGUUUCCUUGCCCUGAAGAUCUGGAUGAUCCGGAGACAUUUGUCUGAUAAUGACUCUGCAGACCUGAAGAACACACCCCAGGAUACCAUCUUGCAGAAGAAGAGAAGCCCCAGAGAUGCCCAAGUGAUUGAGCUGUGAGUGGCCAGCUACAUCGAAAGAGCUUUAGGUGUUUGUGGUCUGAAUGCCCAAGGCUGAUGAUGGAUCAUUACAUGGACUCAGCAUAGCAGCAGGGACUAAAAGGACUACACUUGGCAGCACCUCUGUCCUGAGGGAAGACGUCACUCCUGUUCUGCAAGUGUCUGUGCAGGAGGAGUAUGUGACUCAGCAUCAAAAAAAAAUAAGAAACCCCAAAUCCAUAUUUCCCAGCCUAUGUGCCCAUGUAGGAGCUGGGCAAGCUUCUACGAAAGCAUUGUGUCCACAUCAAUGGAACCCCACCCCGACAUGGCUCGUGAACAAAGCCAAGACUGCUUCCUCAGCACCGUGGGGCUACAACCAUCUAGACUCAGGCCUUGCAGUCUUAGCUGCCAGAAGAAUCCCAUUUUAAAGACGAACCAUGUAAGCAUCCAGAGGAGCAUGGAGCUGAUGAGCCAGUGUCCAGUGUUAUCAACAGAAGCCUGCCCUGGGAAGGGAGGAGAGGACAGGCCAAGCCAAAGUGAGAGGAAAGGCAUCAGCAGCCCUGGGAAGAGCCUUGCAGCUGCAGCUCUUCAAAUGAACGGGGUGGGUCCUCACAUAGAGCUACAAGAAUGCAGGCUGGCGUUGCUACCCUCAUAUAGUGGUUUUGUGGUGAUUGUUGCAGUGUACAAAGUGCUUGCAUGAAAGGCCUCAGGAAAUCCACGUCUUGCUACUCUGGUCAUCAACACAAGAUUCGGGGCACAGACUCUGUGAACAUUCCCUCACUUGAACCAUUUCUGUCUUGGAAGACUCUGCUUUUCUGUUCUUCGGAAAGACAGGUGGCCGUCUGGACUGGGCCUGCUCAGACGGGGUUAUCUUCAUCAUGUUGUGAUGAAAGAGAAGCUAUUUUUUUCAGAACAAAGUGCUGUGUUAUAAUAAUGUCUGGAGUCCCAGGGUGUCUUUUGUCUGACUUGAUAACAGUGCUACUCAUUAGCAGCUUUUGCUAACUGAUCACCUAAAGCAGUUACAUGAUACUCAUAAGCAAUCUUCUGUGUGUGAGAUAGAAUAAAUCAUCAUGUACUGGA